GCUCGUGCCGUCAUCUGGGAAAAUUUUCAGAUCCCUUUCGACACCGCAUGGCGAAGAUUUUGGAUGGGACGGUUGUUGUGCUUUUGGCUGCUGAUAUUCUGGUCCGUGCCUAUCAGUGGCAUCCAGGUGAUCUCCUCUAUCGAGACCCUGAAGAAGACACUGCCGGCAGAAUGGUUCAACUACCUGGAAAAUCACUUCAAGACU